ACUGAAUCCUGAUAGGAGCAGACCCAUAAUAGAUUUUGCGAAAAUCAGCUGAAUUAGACAUGCGAUGGAAGCUACCAAACCGAAGAGGAAACAUAAGCGAAGAUCUAAAGACGCGGCCACAAAAUCUGCAUCAGCGGGGAAAGAAUCUGAAGCCUCAAAAGAUGCUACUCUCAGUACUGUUUCUGAAGGGGAAACAAAUGAAGUGACAAAGCUAAGUGAAAAUGCUUUCGCAGCUGAGCCCGUGACAGAAGAUUCAGUGACUACUCUCCUUCCCGGCACUUCUCAAUUAGCUGAGAAAAAUGAAGAGGUUUUACCCUCACAAAAGGACGAAAAUGAGACUGAGGAUGUCAAAGAACUGGAGAGUUUCAACAGUGAGACAAAAUCAAAUGUGAAUGCUUCAGUAACUGAAGAUGACAAUGAAUCAAAAUCUUCAGCUCAUGCAGAUCAUAGUGUUAAAGAUGAACCUGAAAAAUGUUCAACACUUGAAAAUCAAGCUGUCCAUACAAGUAUAGCACAGGCUACCACUGGAGUUGAAAUGGGCACAGAUAAUCAAAUUCCUGAUCAAUUACAGAAAGAAAAUGCAAUUGAAACAGAUAGAGGUCUAAUAAGGGAAACUGUAGAACUGGAGUACAAAAAUAAGAGUAAAGAUGAAGCUCAGAGUGAUGUUAACAAACCUGAAUUUAUGUCAACACUAGAAAAUGUUGAUGUCAGUGAAAGUACAACACAGGUUACCACAGGGGAUGAAAUAGAGAGAAGUCGUCAAAUUCCUACUCAAGUUGAGAAAACACAAGAAAAUGAAACAAGUGUAACUUUGAGUAGCAGCAGAUCACAACAGGAUGACAAAGUCAACAGUUCUGGAAAUUUACUACCACAAAUUGGUGACAGGGAGUUACCAGUAAGCAAUGAGGAAGUAAGAACACCUCAGUUAUAUCCAGAACUAGACUCUUUCGCCAAAAAGUCAGUAACAAGCAUAAGGCAGUACAGAAUGACUCUAGAAGCAUUUAGUGAAGACCACCUGAAAACUCUGUACUUCAACCCUCUGUUGGAACAGAUGGAAGAUUUUGUGGAGCACUUUAUUAAGAUUAGCAAACAAGAUGAUCAUGAGUUCUAUGAACUUGUGAAUGCUUACUUCAGAGGGAGAAAUGCUCUGGCAAUGGCCAUAAAGGAAUAUGAGAUUGUUCUUGCUGAGUGCGAGAAGAAGAAAGAGCAACUAUGGAUUGACAAAAACUUCUCAGUUACAGCUCAGGGAAAAUGUCUGGACCAGGUAAAUGUCACACACAACCAUAGUUACCAGCAAGUGGAGUUAAAUGCUGGUGUUCCUGGUGAGAUUGAGAGCAUGCUUGGAAAACUUCACAAAGCUUUACAUGAGACUCUUGCUUUGCAAAGAUACACGUGUCAGCUUGCUCGGCUUCACAUUGAUAUGUACAUCUUUGACAUGCUCUCUCAAUCACCCAUUUCAAGGAAUGUUUCAUCUGAGACACUAGUGACUGAAUUGUGCCCAGGUGAACAGAGUCCAGAUACUCAGGCUGAGGUCCAGAGGUUGAGAGACUGCAUCAGUGUAUUGUUCAUGUUUGUUCGACAGCCAAUUCAAGAUGAAGAGUUUGUCACAAUUUUGAAUGGCUGGAUGGAACAGCUGGUUGCUGUUCUUCUGCGUGUAGCUUGCCUGGCAGAUCUUGUAUUCUUGUUAAAUCACUUGCUGAGGUGUCCUCCAGGAUUCACUAGUAAAAUUGCCCAAUUCAUCCAGUUUCCUGUACCGCAAUUCAAAAGCCAUGGAUAUAACGUGGUAGAUGAACCAUAUUACUGGGACAAUCCUUUAGUUCAUCAUUUUGUGGCUAUGUUAUCUUCUCUGCUUCUGCCUGUCAGGUAA